AGUGCGAAGAUGUCACGAAUUCGUUUUAUUAUUUCCGCUAUAUUCUUCUGCGUCAUUGCGUUUGAGGGAGGAAAUGGAGCCAGAAUAUUAGGCGUGUUUCCGACAGCGUCGAUCAGCCAUCAGGUUGUUUUUCGCGGAUUGACAUUGGCGCUGAACAAACGAGGCCACGAGCUCGUCGUAGCCACUCCAAACCCAGUGAAAAAUCCAAACCUAAAAAACUACACAGAAAUAGACCUAAGCACACUUUACACGAUGAAUCCAGGAAGAAACAUAAUUGAUUCCCGUUUCAUGGAUUGGUUAACCAUGAUCCGGCAAAUUUCAGAAUCAACGCGUACCACUAUAGACGUCAUACUAGGUCAUCCAGAGAUGAGAAAACUAUACGCUCUGAACAGCAAUGAGAAAUUUGACGUGUUGAUCAUCGAGCCAUUGUACUGGCCGGCAAUCAUGGCCCUGGCACCACGAUUUAACGUCCCAAUUAUUGGCGUGAGUAGCUUUGGCUUAGCGAUAAAUAAUCACUACUCGAUCGGGAAUUCAAUACUGCCUUCUCAUCCGUCGACCUGGGAAUUCCAAAGCAAUAUAAACUCGCCAUCGACGUUUUGGGAGAGGUUAUGUAACUUCAUUCAGGUAUGGAGGUACCUCUAUUUCUACAGAACGGUCCACAUGCCGACGCAAGAGGCAGUCGCCCGCAAGUAUCUUGGGAGCAACAUGCCAAGUCUGACUGAUAUUGAGAAAAAUAUCAGUCUUAUUUUCGUCAAUCAACAAGGGCCGAUUUCGUUUGCCAGGCCAAAUGUUCCAGGCGUGAUUCAAAUUGGUGGCUUCCAUAUUGUGAAAAGCACUGAGCGGCUACCAAAGGAUCUUCAAGAAAUUCUGGACGACGCAACUCAAGGCUUCGUAUACAUGAGUCUUGGAUCAAACGUCCAGAGCAAGAUGUUGUCGAACGACACACGGGCCGAAUUUGUAGCUGCCUUUGCGGCUCUGCCCUACAAGGUGAUUUGGAAAUUCGAGGACGAUGACUUCCCCAACAAGCCGGACAACGUCCUGAUCCUGAAGUGGACACCGCAACAGGCGAUUCUUGCCCACCCGAAUCUGAAGGUUUUCAUAUACCAAGGAGGACUUCAAAGCACGGAAGAAGCGAUUCACUACGGCGUCCCACUGAUCGGACUGCCGGUGUUCGCCGACCAGGAUAUGCAAGUGUACAAAAUGGUGUCUCUCGGCGUUGCCAAGAGACUGGAAAUCACGAGAGUCACCCGGCAGAGUCUGCUGGAAGCAAUUCACGCCAUUACGCUCGACAGCAGCUACAAACAGAAGAUGCUGAGCUUGCGGUCACUGCUUGAGGACAAACCACAUGAUCCUCUGGAUAACGCGGUAUGGUGGACCGAGUACGUUAUCCGUAACAAAGGUGCUCCGCAUCUGCAUACGAGCUCAGCAGACGAGCCAUGGUACCAACGCCAGGACAUGGACAUAGUCGCCUUCAUAUCGGCCUCGUCUACCAUAGCAAUCGUACUUGCGCUGAUAGUGUUGUACCGAUUACUAUCGAAACUGAGACACGGUUCUUCCCUGCAAUUCCUCGAUUCAAAGAAGAAGCUUCACUGAUAACGCACUCGCGGUAAGGUGCAUAAUCGUGAAAGUUAUUAGUUCACCUGAGUCAAACCACUGACCCAAUAAACUCCAGUGUUAAGUGGGUUUAGAAAAAUACUAGCUUUAAGCUC